GCAUGAUUCAGUGGAACUUUGAACCUCACACACAAACUGCACUGAUCAUUACAGGAAAUGGAUGAACUGUAGAGACACUGACGUGCUGAGAAAAGUAAGUGUAAAUAAAGUAGAAAAAUAAUUAAUUCUCGUCUCGUGCAGUGUCACAGGAAGCGCUGUUUGCCAGCAGCGCAGCUUUGCGGCGUUUUACGACUUACUUCCAUCAUCCUCAUCAUCAUCAUCACAACCGAGAUGUCCCCUCGAUACCACAACAAAGUUGUCAUCGUGACCGGAGGAUCCAAAGGGAUUGGCAGAGGGAUUGUCAAAGUGUUUGUGGAGAAUGGAGCCAAAGUGGUGUUUUGUGCAAGAGGAGGUGCAGUGGGUGAGGCUCUGGAGGCGGAGUUAAACAAAGCAGGGCCAGGCUCAUGCAAAUUUGUCACAUGUGAUGUCUCCAAAGAGGAUCACAUCAAGAGGUUGAUCACAGUCACAGUGGAACAUUAUGGACACAUUGACUGCCUGGUCAACAACGCAGGGUGGCACCCGCCUCAUAAACCCACUGAUGACACCACAGCAGAGGAGUUCAGGGAUCUGCUGAAUCUGAACCUCGUCAGCUACUUCUUGGCUUCUAAAUAUGCGUUGCCGUACUUACGACAGCGUCAGGGAAACAUCAUAAAUAUUUCCAGUCUGGUGGCAACCAUCGGUCAGAAACAUGCUGCACCGUAUGUUGCCACCAAGGGGGCGAUAAUCUCCAUGACAAAGGCGAUGGCUGUGGAUGAGAGUUGCUACAAUGUGAGAGUGAACUGCCUCUCUCCAGGUAAUGUGCUGACACCUCUGUGGGAAGAAUUAGCACAACAGACACCAGAUGCUGCAGCAGCCAUUAAGACAGGAGAACAAUUUCAGUUGCUGGGUCGUUUUGGGACUGAAGAAGAGUGUGGACUGGCUGCCUUGUAUCUCGCCGCUGAUGCUACUUUCUGCACCGGGAUUGAUCUGCUGUUCAGUGGAGGAGCUGAGCUCAACUACGGCAUCAAGAGUCAGAUCCCAUCUUGACUGUCCUGAUCUCCACAGUGUCCUUGUGGUCCUGUAACAGCUGAUUUAACAUGUUGAAUUGUUUAAUACAGAUUAUAUAUAUGAUAUUGUUCAAAUUUUUGGAUACAAUAAUUUUAAUGACCUUGUGUGUUCAAGUUUGCUGGUAACAUUACAAAGAUAAAUCAGAAAAAGGGAUUUUCACUCACAUGAAGUUUGCCUUGGUGUUUUGUGCACACAAUAAACAUAUCAAAGUGAAAUAAAAAUAAAAGUUAAA